AUGAAUAUGUCUGAAGUAAAAUCGUCUUCGAUUUACUCUUCAAAAAAGAGUUUUUCAUACGAUAGAGAAUUAUCAUCUACAACCUAUCAAAUAACAAAAAACAGAGAUGAAAUAAUAAAAAAUAAAGUGUACUGUCCUAUUGAGCUAAAAAAUGUGUAUAGGCUUCUAGAGGAUAGCGACCAAUUAUUGAAGAAUAAAGGAUACAGCUCGGAAGAGCUAAUUGCGCAUAAAAACAAAAUAAAUGAGUUUAUGCUUUUGUGUGCAAAUUACAAAGUUAAUAUUAACAAUCCAAAUAAACAUGAGCUAAAAAAGACAUACAACUCCAUUGAGCAGAAUAUGCAGUAUUUAAAUAAGCAUAUAGAGACAGCUAGAAAGGAUAGCAUUCUUUUAAAAAAAAAGCUAAAAAAAUCUACAGAUCCCUUAUUUCUUUCUACCUUAGAACAAAAAAAUAAACAAGUUUGUUUAGAUAUAGAAAAUAAAAAGAAAGAGAUCAAACUUUUAAAAGAUAGCAUAAGGAAAAAUGAAAAACUGCUGGACUCAAAUAAAAAAAAGCCGAACAAAAUUGCCUUAGAAAAGGAGUAUAAAAACUUGUUGAGUCAGCAAUCAACCUUAUGUUCUCGGUUGAUACAACUCCAGAACGGAAAUAAGCUGUACGAGGAAAAUAUUUGCAAAAUAGAUACCCAGUUUGAGGAAAUAAAAAGGAAAAUGAGCGAGCUGAAGAUAGAUAUAAAGAAAGAAGACGAGAACUUUGUAAACGCAGAAAACGAAGUGUCAAAAGAAAAUUUAGAAAAAAAAAUUUUUACCCUUAAUACAAAAAGAGACGAAUUAAAAAAAGAAAAAAAUAGUAUCAUAAACAAUUUAACUAUUACAUUAGGAAAAUUAAAAAAACAAAUAGCCAACUUGGAAAGUGAAAAAAUAAAUUUAUUAAAUGAAGAAAAAAGCAAUAUAGAUAAACUGCAAAUUUUAAAAAGGACGUUAAUAAACGCAAAAAUAGGGAAAAGCAAUAAAAGUGAAGCUAGGUCAAGGCAUGUACCUAGAAAAAACGUUACAGAUAAAAGGGAAGAUAACAUUAGUGAGAUUACGAAAAGGGAUGGCGCAAAGAGAGAUGACGAAAAAUGGGACGACACACAAUGUGUUAAUGCAAAAUUCCUUAAUGCACGCAAAAAGAAAGUUAAAGAAAACCUCGUAAUUAAUCCGAAAUAUGCUCAAGAAAAGGAUUUUAUCGAAGGAUUAUUAGAAGAAAAAGAUGCCUAUCCAUUCAGUGAAGGAGACGAAGAAGAAGAUGAAAAAGAAAAAGAAAAUGAAAAUGAAGAAGUUGAACAUGAGCAUGAACACGAACACGUAGGUGAACCAGAUACUCACUCAAAAAAGUACACAGAAGAACUACUUAACCGACCAGUAAAAUAUUCCACUUCCAAAAAAUUAAACAAAAAUAAUGGCUCCGAAAAACAAAAAAAAAAAAAAGAAAUUUUUUUGCCCAUAUUUGAAGAAGACAUACUUUUAAAGCUUCAACAAAAAGUGAAUGAAAAGUUGAACCGAGAUGAAGAUGAAGAUAUACAUGCAGAAGAGGCAUUGGAAGGAGUACAGAAGAAGGCGGACAGCAUAGCAGAGACGAAUGAACAGUUGAGAAAAAAUGAGGAUAAGUACCCGGAGAAGGAAGCGAAUAAGUACACGGAGUGGGAAGCGAAUAAGUACACGGAGUGGGAAGCGAAUAAGUACACGGAGUGGGAAGCGAAUAAGUACACGGAGUGGGAAGCGAAUAAAUACACGGAUGUUGAACCAAAGGAAUAUGCCGAGGGGUCUAAAAAUUGGAAAGAUCAUGAUGAUAUGCAUGAUUUAAGUAACGACAUACCCCUCGAGGUUUUGGAAAUACAAGACAUUACCGCUAAAGAAGAAGAUGUACAAGAUCAAAUAUGCAAUGACAGGAUUGAAGGGGUAACUGGUGCACCUAGAAAAGGCGUACACCUUGAAUUGCACACUGGUGAGGUAAAUGUAGUACCAAGUGACACAGUAAAUGACGAAGUAAAUGACGAAGUAAAUGACGCAGUAAGUGACGCAGUAAGUGACGCAGUACGUGACGCAGUAAGUGACAUCCCAAAUGUAGUACCAAGUGAUGUAGUAAGUGACGUCUCAAACGGUGCAAUAUGUUAUGUCUCAAACGGUGCAAUAAGUUAUGUCCCAAACGGUGCAAUAAGUUAUGUCCCAAACGGUUCAAUAAGUUAUGUCUUAAACGGUGCAAUAAGUUGUGUCCCCAAAGGUACAAUAAGUGAUGUACCUAAUGAGGUAGUAAGUGACGUAGUAAGUAACGUCGCUAAUGACUCAGCUAGUAAUUCGGCUAGUGACAUAUCUAAUAUCGCCCCUAAUGACAAAGUUUCGUAUGAGUACAAUAACAUGCACGAUGCUGUACACGAAGAAGAUAAUAUUGACGUACAUAAAAAAACAAAAGAAAAUAAAAUAAAUUUAAAAAAUAAAAAUAAUAAUACUAUAUCUCAAAAAAAUAAUAAUUAUGAAAUACAAAAUGAAUUUAACAAAUUCACACAAAAUAAUGGAAAACAGCAAAAUGAUCAAAGGCAGAAAAAUAGCGAAACGUGGAAAAAUGAUGGAAAACAACAAAACAACGAAGCGCUACAAAGAAGUGAAAUGUCGGAAGUUAAAGAAGGAACACAUGAUAAAGAAAUACAUCCUUUUAAUGAAGGUCACUCACUGCAUGAUAUUCAAGAAGGCAAUGAAAUGCAUAAUGUAUAUAAAGAACAUAAAGAUGAGGAAACAGAAGAGGGUUCAGAAAUACAUAAAAGUAUUGAAAUCUAUGGAGUAUGUGAAAGGAAGGAUUCUAAAAAAAAUCAAGUUGGCAUUGAAUCAAAGGAGAUUGAUGAUACACAGGAAAUUAAUAAAACACAAGAAAAUUAUGAAACACAUGAAGCCAAUGAAAUACAUGAAUGCCAUUUUACGAAAGAAAUACACAAAAUACAGGAAGGAAGUCAAGUACAUGAAAUUUAUGAAACAAAAGGAAAUGACCAUGUACAAGAUGUUCAAAAGGUGCAAGAAUACCAUCAAAAUGAAGAACCGCUCGAUGAAACAGAUAUUAAGGAAAAACUUAAGACUGCUGGAUUAUAA